GGGUUUCCUUCCUUUUCCUGGAAAAAUCUUUCCUUUUGUUCCAUGGGUAAUCAUCAAGUGGAAAGAAAAACCAGAGUAAAGAAGGGGUUAGUUGUUUUUAUCCCCAUAGAAUUGGAAGAAGAAAAAAAGAUGAUAACUGUUAUGGAUUCUAGGAAAGAAGUGAUGAAAGAUUCCGAAAAAUGCUUAGAUCAUCGGCUAUGGCAUGCCUGUGCUGGUGGAAUGGUACAUAUGCCAUCAGUGAACUCCAAAGUGUUCUACUUCCCUCAAGGUCAUGCUGAGCAUGCCAAUGGAAGUGUGGAUUUCGGGAAUCUCCCAAUUCCGUCCCUAGUCUUAUGUCGAGUUUCCGCUGUUAAGUUCAUGGCGGAUCUCGAAACCGAUGAGGUUUAUGCCAAGAUCAUGUUGGUUCCUUUGAGAGAGAAUGAUUUUGGGGUUGAGGAUGAUGCUUUUGAUGGGAAUGUUGGGGGGGUUGAGAGCCCCGGAAAUUCGCCUUCCUUUGCUAAGACGUUGACUCAAUCCGGUGCUAACAACGGUGGAGGGUUCUCGGUCCCGCGUUAUUGCGCGGAGACUAUAUUUCCUAGGUUGGAUUAUAAUGCAGAACCUCCUGUUCAGACUAUUCUUGCAAAGGAUGUCCAUGGUGAGGUUUGGAAGUUUAGGCAUAUAUAUAGGGGGACGCCUCGCCGGCAUCUUUUGACGACGGGGUGGAGUAAUUUCGUGAAUCACAAGAAGCUUGUGGCUGGUGAUUCGAUUGUGUUUCUUAGAGCGGAUAAUGGAGAUCUUUGUGUGGGAAUUCGUAGGGCGAAGAGAGGACUAGGGAGUGGGCACGAGUAUCAAUCGGGAUGGAAUUCGGGGGGUGGAAGCUCUGUUUCACAAAUCGGGGGUUACUCUCCGUUCUCGAGGGAGGGGGAGAGUAAAUUUAUGCGGAAGGACUGUUAUGGGGAUACGAGGGGAAGAGUAAGGGCUGAAUCGGUGAUUGAGGCUGCCACUCGUGCUGCAAACGGGCAGUCCUUUGAGUUUGUUUACUAUCCAGGGGCAAGCACUCCUGAGUUCUGUGUGAAGGCCUCGUCGGUUAGAGCUGCAAUGCAGAUCCAGUGGCAUCCUGGGAUGAGGUUCAAAAUGGCUUUUGAAACAGAGGACUCUUCACGGAUUAGCUGGUUCAUGGGAAUGAUAUCUACCGCUCAGGUUGUCGAUCCCAUCCGUUGGCCUAACUCUCCUUGGCGUCUUCUGCAGGUAGCAUGGGAUGAGCCUGAUUUACUCCACAAUGUGAAGCGAGUUAGCCCGUGGCUGGUUGAAUUGGCCACGAACAUACCAGCAAUCCAUCUUAACAGUCCUUUCUCACCACCGAGGAAAAAGAUGCAGCUUCCACAGCACCCGGACGUGCCCUUACCUUACCAAAUUCCGAUGCCAUCUUUUUCCAGCAACUCUUUCAGGUCCAGCAGCCCCGUGUGUUGCAUUACAGACAACAUUCCUGGAGGCAUACAGGGAGCCAGGCACGAACCGUUCGGAAUGUCUUCAUUAGAUCUCCGCUCCAACAAGCUGCAUCCAGGUCUGUUUCCACCUGGUUUUCAUCAAUUUGAUCGUACUGCUCCACCUACUAGACUCUCGGGUGACAACUUUAGCAGCGACAAUCGAAACAAUAGGAAUAUAUCUUCCUUGUUAACAAUAGGAAAUCCAACCCAGAGUUUGAAACGAAACAAUGAAACAAAGACACCCCAUAUCUUAUUGUUCGGCCAACUCAUUUUCAGUGAGCAUCAGGCUUCUCAGAGCUGCUCAGCUGAUACUGUCGGAAACAAUUCAUCGGACGGGAAUACAGAGAAAACUGUGGUCUCCUCUGAUGGAAUUGGAUCCGCCUUACAUCAAAAUGCUCGGGAAAAUUCUUCCGAUGAAGGGUCUCCUUGGCACAAAGAACAUAAAAAAACCGAGCUUGGUUUGGAGGCUGGUCAUUGCAAGGUGUUCAUGGAAUCAGAGAAUGUGGGAAGAACCCUCGAUCUUUCAGUUCUCGGAUCAUUCGAAGAGCUGUAUGGGAAGCUGGCUAACAUGUUCGACAUAGAAAGUUCAGAGAUGCUGAGCAGCGUGCUCUACCGCGAUGCUUCCGGUUCCGUUAAACACACUGGAGAUGAGCCCUUCAGCGAGUUUUUGAAGUCAGCAAGGAGGCUAAACAUUCUUAUGGAUUCGAGCAGCGACAACUUAGAAAGAUAGAGACGAACCGAUCCCCGAAAAUUGUACAGUUUUUUUCCCAAUACUUUGUUUUCGAUUCCCAUUUCAUUUCUUCUCUGGUAGUUGCGAGAAAGCUCCAUUGUCAACCAUUCCUAUGGAACUAAAAUCCACAUUAACUUGAAUUUUCUUUCGACAUAAGAAGGAUCGAUGUCCUUCGUCUUGUUCAUUUAAGCAGAGUCCAAGAAACUGUACAUUUUACGAAAGAAAAAUAGUGCAGGCUGCCAUUUUGCUCCUCACAGAGUGUAGUAGGGCUACAAAAUGCUUAAUAAAUUUUCCUAGUUAAG